AUGGAAGCGAACAGUGGACCGCUGGCGGAGAUCAAGGAAAAGUACCCGCAGCUCGAAACCGUGUUUUACUUCGCGGCGUGGUACUUUUUAAACGUGCAGUUUAACAUCAUCAACAAGACGAUCUACAACUACUUCCCGUACCCGUGGUUCGUGUCUUGCGUGCACUUGAUCGUCGGGUUGUUCAUCAUGGCGUUCUUCUUGGGGUACCAAGAGUUUUUGAAGGCGCUGUCGUUGCCGGCGUUUUUGCACGCGUUCGGGCACUGCUUGACAAAUGUCUCGUUCGCGGCGGUGGCGGUGUCGUUCACGCACACCGUUAAGACGCUCGAACCGGUGUUCACGUCCAUUGGCUCGUACUUGGUCGCAGGUACCGUGUACCCGCUUCCGGUGUACUUGUCCUUGCUUCCCGUCAUCGCCGGCGUCGCCAUCGCGAGCGCCACCGAGCUUUCCUUCACGUGGUUGGGCUUCUUGACGGCCAUGAGCUCCAACAUCGCGUUCUCUGCGCGCGCCAUCUUCAGCAAGAAGCUCAUGAGCAAGAUGUCUCCGCUUAACCUGUACAACUGGGUCACCAUCGUCGCCUUGCUCUUCUGCUUGCCGUUCGCCGUCUACUUUGAAGGCCCGACGCUCUCGGCGGGCAUCAGCAAAGCCAUCGCCGUCAAGGGUAAAACGGAAUUCCUCAUGGCGCUCGCCUCUGUUGGUUUCUACUACCACAUGUACAACCAAGUCGCCUACCAAGCGCUCGGCAAGGUUGCUCCGGUGACUCACGCCGUCGGUAACGUUGGUAAGCGCAUCUUCGUCAUCGGUUUCAGCAUUCUCGCAUUCGGAAACAAGAUUUCCACGCAAACGCUGGUCGGUUCCGCCAUCGCCAUCGUCGGUGCGGGCUUGUACGGGGUCAUGAAGGGCAAGUAUGCGGAUGAAUCGAAGAAGUAA